GGAAAGCAGACUUUGUUGAAACAGGAAGUUCAUUGAGAACCUGGUGAUGAGCACAGCGGUCAUGCUGGGUUGUCUGUCACACAGUUACACGUGAUCUUUCUUCUUUCCUUCCACAAGUUCACAUCCUUUUCUUCCCUGUGAUCACCCAGCAGUGCUUCCCUUGAAGCAGUGCAUCGAUUGCAACCUUUUUUUCGAUUGUUUUUUCUUUAAAGGCACCUCUGAAUGUGUGUGCGACUGUUUGUGUGUGUGUGCUGUAAAGUGUAACUGUAGCCCGGUCAUCCAUGCUGGCCGGCGCCCAGAGCAGAGAGAGUCUCCCUCGCUCUGCCCUCCGGCCUCGGGCGCCGGCUGAGCAGCCCGCAGAGGAAACGCCUCCCGCGUGGAGCUGACAGGGAGCAUUAAGGCGAGGGACGCGGGUUCACUUGCCCUGUGUAGGGGCUUAGCACCGGGGCUAAGCUGAGGGACUAAUAGCAAAGCCAGCCCAGCUCCAGCCUCUCCGAGGGCGUUUGGGAGCCAUCUGGCCACACUCGGGGGCAGAAGCCAACAACAAAAGAGGGGGCAGACCGUUCGCAGCGAGCGACGGACUGAAAGGUGAAGAACAUUCGCUCAGAAGAUACGGCAGCCAGGAGAGGCGGAGAAGGAUACGAGAAGUUGAGAAGGAGGAGGAGAGUGUUAACGCGAACGACUGAGAAACAGAGGAGAUGUCUGACAUGGAGGAGCUGCAGGGGGCGGAGGCGGGCCCCAACGUCACCCUCACCCUGAGGCUCUUAAUGCACGGGAAGGAAGUGGGCAGCAUCAUUGGAAAGAAAGGAGAAACGGUGAAGAAGAUGAGAGAGGAGAGUGGAGCUCGCAUCAACAUCUCUGAAGGGUCGUCUCCGGAGAGGAUCGUCACCAUCACAGGCCCCACUGAGGGCCUCUUCAGGGCCUUCUCCAUGAUCGCCGAGAGGUUCGAGGAGGAUAUUACUGCGGCGAUGACAAACAGCAAUGUGACGAGCAAGCCGCCUGUCACCCUGCGCUUGGUGAUCCCUGGGAGUCAGUGCGGCUCGCUGAUUGGCAAAGGAGGCUCCAAGAUCAAGGAGAUCAGAGAGACCACGGGUGCCCAGGUGCAAGUGGCAGGAGACAUGCUGCCCGACUCAACAGAGAGGGCUGUCACCAUCUCCGGGGCUCCGCAGGCCAUCACCCAGUGUGUGCGACACAUCUGCUCCGUCAUGCUGGAGUCACCCCCAAAGGGAGCUACUAUUCCAUACCGUCCUAAGGGGUUGGCUGGGGGCCAUGCGGUACUAUCUCAGCAGCACGGCGCACCAGCAUUCGUCAUCCCAGGUCAUCCAGGGCAGUAUGCCUUCCCCCAUCAAGAUGUAAGUGUGUGUUUGGUGGAGCGGUCCACUCUACAUCCGUCCCCGAUGACCUAGUCCUGCCCAUUCCUCCCGAGUUACCACCACACCCUCUGUGUCCCUCUUACUCAGCAAGAAUGACCGAUGAACUCCCUGUUCUGCUGACGUUACUAACACUAACAAGCCGCAGCUGCACGCUUUGAUUGAUCACAUAUCUAGUCACAAACACCACCACACUG